AAAAAAAAAAAAAAAAAAAGGACGCAAAAGAGGAGAGCCGGACAGGUCUCUUCAUUCUUCACUUCUUCAUCCUCUUCGUAUCCCCUCGCCCCCAUCUCCUUCCUCGCACAACCAAGAAAACCAAUGGCUGACGCAUCCGAAAGAAGGAAAAAGCUCGUGGCCCUGGCCGCCAAACGCUCAGGCGAUGCCACCGCGCAGCCGUCUUCGACCGCCAAAAAGCCCGAAAGUAAGAGCAAGUCGGCCUCCUCCUCCAAGCCGGCGUCAAAGUCAAAAUUCCCUGGGAAAGGCCGCUCUUUGAAGGCCGAUGUCUCUGAUGACGAUGACAUUAUCGACGACGAAGAGGACGACGAUGUUGAGAGCGAGAGUUCGGAGGAAGAGUUUUCGGAUGUGGACUCCGAUGGUUCGGACCGCCCCAAGUCCUCGAAGAAGAGAAAGAGCGCACCCGUGAAGAAAUCGUCUCGCCGUUCACCGCCACCAAAGAAGAAGUCUAAGCCUUCGUCUUCUUCAUCCUCUUCCAAGUCAAAAUCGUCCAAGAAGAAGAAGAGAAAGGGAUCGGAUAGCGAUGACGACGAUGAGAGCGACAACUUUUCUGUAGCAAGUGAGUCUGAGCAGUCCGGUGAGGAAGACAAUGCGAUUGAUACGAGCAACAUCAUCAAAGGAGGCAGAAGGACACGAGGUACCAGGGUCGACUAUUCCAAAUUCGGCCCCGAUAGGUCUUCGGACGAAGAGUAAUACGUAUAUCGGCAUCGACGUGACAG